AUGAUCAGGAGACUAGCGGCGCCGGCUGCUUCGCGUAGCAUGCUUCAACUCUCGUGUCUCUCUAGUCUCGGCUUUCUCGAUGCCGGCGUCGCGGACUGCGACGGCUCGUGCGGCCUCGACGGCGGCGGCGGCCCAUGCCUCCUCCACAGCGGGCUCUGCUGCCCCGCCGAUUCGCUGGACGACACCGUCGUCAUAGAAUUCAUCAACAACGAGGAGUUCUUGGAGGACCUCGCCAUAGCGGCCUCGCUGCCGCCGGGCACGGAGUUAUUGCUGCCCACCGCCGAGCGUGGGUGCCAGGGCGUUUCCUCUGCAGACGGCGCGCCACGGCUGCCGGUGCGCUCUCCGCUGUCGUCGUCGGACAACAGCUCAUGGAUGACGUCCAGUUUGGCGGCCGAACAUCCGCCGCCGCCUCUGUCGCCGGCGGUCGUCUCGCGGCUCGUCGUGCCGAAGAGGAAACGGGACAGGUCCUCCGUCAUGCGCGGCAGGCGACCGUGGUCGCUGGACAUGCCAAACAUCCCUACACCUCACGCAGCUAACCCUAGCAGCAGCGGCGGCGGCGGCGGCAGUGAAGUCGUCCUGCAGCAGUGCCUUGUGCCGCGGCCGCCGGCGAACAGGCGGCGAGUUCAGAGGGCGUGCAGCCACUGCGACAGCACGGAGACGCCGCAGUGGCGCGCGGGACCGGACGGGCCAGGCACCCUGUGCAACGCGUGUGGCUUGCGGUACACCUUGAACAAGCUGCUGCCGGAGUACCGGCCGUCGACGAGCCCUAGCUUCCAGAGCGACAAGCACUCGAACCGACAUAGGAAGGUGGUCAAGCUAAGGGAGAGGAACGCAAAAGACACGGUGGUCAUCAGCAUGCCACCGGCGCCGCCGCCGGGCGACGGUGGUGAAUUCAUGGAUCAUUUGUGA